UCUUAUGUUGACCUGGCCAUCAAGUGAAAUCCUAACUCUCAAAUGUCUAAUUGAAGAAUUUAAGUGAAUCCCGGCUUCAAAAACUUCGAAGUGUUUAUCUUUUUCGCUCUUCAUCCGCUUAUUUCAGAGGAUAGAAGUAGAUACAGAGAAAUGAAGCACAAAAUCUAGAAGGAUGAUGACACUAGUUAAAGGUAUCCUCUUGCUGUUUCCGAUUUCAAUUCUAUUAUUGACUCAAAAAAUUGCCUGUGCAACAGAUACCUUAACAACUACUCAAUUCAUCAAAGAUGGUGAAACCAUCAUUUCUGCUGGUGGAAGCUUUGUGCUGGGAUUUUUCAGCCCGAGUAACUCAAACAAUAGAUACGUAGGUAUAUGGUACCAGAAAAUAUCAAUUCCGACUGUGGUAUGGGUAGCUAACAGAGAGGUUCCACUCAUAAAUACAUCUGGGGUAUUGGAGGUGAUCAAGCCAGGACUUCUUGUUCUUCGAAAUGGUACGAACAGCAUCAUAUGGUCUACUAAUUCAUCAACAUCUGUACCAAAUCCAGUUGCACAGUUGUUAGAAACUGGAAACCUGGUUGUCAAAGAUGAAAAUCAAGAUAAUCUGGAGAUGUUUCUGUGGCAGAGCUUUGAUUAUCCGACUGACACGUUUCUACCAGGCAUGAGGCUCGGUCAAAAUUUUGUGACUCGCCUAGAGGUUUACCUCUCAUCGUGGAAGAGUUACGAGGAUCCAGCUCCUGGAGGCUACACAUAUCACUGUGAUCCUACCGGAUAUCCGCAAAAUUUCAUAAAGAAGGACUCUAGUUUGGAAUUCCGAACCGGACCAUGGAAUGGCCUAGGAUUUAGUGGGGUUCCAAGCUUAGCAAAAAAUCCCAUAUUCUCCUAUCAAGUUGUUAUUGAUAAUAAGGAGGUGUAUUAUGCUUACAAGCUUCUGGGCUCCACUACUACAAGGUUUACGUUGAGUCCAAGUGGUGUUGGACAGCGCUGGACAUGGGACAACCAAACUGGAAGUUGGCUUAUUUACCUAUCUGCGCCGACAGAUAACUGCGAUAGUUACGGAUUAUGUGGAGCAUAUGGAAGUUGCAACACAGGAAAUUCUGCCACAUGUGGAUGCCUGGAUAAGUUUUCACCUAAAAAUCCUGAGAAAUGGGCCAAUGGAGAUCGGUCAGGUGGGUGCAGUCGGAGAAUACCUCUGGAUUGUAAGAGUGGAGAUGGAUUUCUGAAGUAUUCUAGUCUUAAACUACCAGAUACACGUAACUCCUCGUAUAAUACAAAUAUUUCCCUCGAAGAAUGCAGAACUGUGUGCUUGAAGAAUUGCUCUUGUACAGCUUAUUCUAUUUUAGACAUAAGCAAUGGAGGAAGUGGCUGUUUGCUUUGGUUUGGUGAUCUAAUUGAUAUCAAAGUGAUGUCGCAAGGUGGUGAAGAUAUAUACAUUAGGAUGGCUUAUUCCGAGUCGGUCUCCUUACAGUCAUCCGUUGGAAAGAAAGGAAAAAAACUUGCCAUAAGUUUGACAUUGUCAUUAGCUAUGGUUCUGUUUGCCCUAGGCCUCAUAUUGUAUCUUCAGAGAAGGAAGAAGAAACUUGCAAAGCAGAAAAAAGAAGAAUUGUCAGGACAUAACUUCAGCAUGGCCUACACAGAUGAACACAACAACAAGAAUUUGGAGCUUCCAUUGCUUGAGUUGUCUAGAAUAAUUAAAGCUACCAAUAACUUUUCAUUCCAAAACAAGCUUGGGGAGGGUGGCUUUGGACCAGUUUACAAGGGUCUCCUGGAAGAUGGACAGGAAGUUGCUGUGAAGCGGCUGUCAGAAUACUCCAUGCAAGGACUCGAUGAAUUCAAGAAUGAAGCAAUCUGCAUUGCCAAACUUCAGCAUCGGAAUCUUGUGAAGCUUCUAGGCUGUUGCAUUGAAGGAAAAGAAAAGAUUCUGAUUUAUGAAUACAUGCCCAAUAAAAGCCUGGAUUUCUUUAUAUUUGAUCAAACGGGGAGAUACUCACUAGAUUGGCCUAUGCGCUUCCAUAUCAUCCAGGGUAUUGCUCGGGGCCUUCUAUAUCUUCAUCAAGAUUCCCGACUUAGAAUUAUACAUAGGGACCUCAAAGCUAGCAACAUAUUGCUGGAUGCCGAUAUGAACCCCAAAAUAUCUGAUUUUGGCACGGCUAGAAGUUUUGGAGGUAAUGAGACUGGAGCCAACACAAACCGAGUGGUUGGAACACACGGUUAUAUGCCUCCUGAAUAUGCAGUAGAUGGGAUAUUUUCAGUAAAGUCAGAUGUAUUUAGCUUUGGAGUCAUAGUUCUAGAGAUUGUUAGUGGCAAAAGAAACAGAGGGUUUCUUCAUCAUGACCACCAGUUCAACCUUCUGGGGCAUGCGUGGAAGCUUUACAAAGAAGGAAGGGAACUGGAGUUGGUUGACUUGCAUCUUGGGGACUCCUACAACUCAUUGCAAUUACUUCGAUCAAUUCAAGUGGGGCUCUUAUGCGUGCAACAUGGUCCAGAUGAUAGGCCUGAUAUGUCUUCUGCGAUUUUCAUGCUUGGAAAUGAUGGAGUAUUGCCUGAAGCUAAACAUCCUGGGUUUUUCAUGGAAAGGAAUGUAGUCAAUGAGCAUUCUUCUAGCACACAGACAUCAAGUUCAAGAGGUGAAAUCACAAUGACCCUUUUAGAAGCACGCAUGAAGAAAUCGGUUGAAGGAUUUUCUUUGCUGUUUUUGCUUGGAAUCCUGUGUUUGACUCCGAAGAUUGCCAGUGCCACAGACACCUUGGCAUUAACUCAAUCCAUCAAAGAUGGUGAAACGAUGAUCUCUGCCGGCGGGAGCUUUGAACUUGGAUUUUUCAGCCCAAGCCAGUCGACUAAUAGAUACGUGGGUAUAUGGUACUACAACGAUGUAUCAAUCCAAACCGUGGUUUGGGUUGCCAACAGAGAAGUUCCACUAGUCAAUACAUCUGGUGUAUUGGAGGUUAUCAAGCCAGGACUUCUUGUUCUUCGCAAUGGUAAUAAUGACAUCAUAUGGUCGUCUUCUAAUUCAUCAAUUUCUGUACAGAAUCCAGUUGCACAGUUGCUAGACACCGGAAAUCUUGUAGUCAAAGAUGCAACUGAUGAUAAACCAGAGACAUUCCUGUGGCAGAGCUUCCAUCAUCCAACUGACACGUUUCUACCAGGGAUGAAGCUGGGUCGGAAUUUUGUUACUGGCCUGGAGGUUCACGUCUCAGCGUGGAAGAAUUACGAGGAUCCAGCUCCGGGACAAUAUACAUAUAGUUGUGAUCCUAGUGGAUAUCCACAAAAUUUCGUGAAAAAGGGAUCUGUUUCGCAGUACCGCACUGGACCAUGGAACGGGCAAGGAUUUAGUGGAGUGCGAGGCUUGAGAAAAAAUCCCAUAUUCUCCUAUGAAGUAGUUGUCAAUAGCCAGGAGGUUUACUAUAGUUACAAGCUCCUCAGCUCCACUAUUACAAGGUUUACCUUGAGUCAAAGUGGUGUGGGACAGCGCUGGACGUGGGAUAAUGUAACUCAAAGUUGGACAUUAUACCUGUCCGCGCCAACAGAUAACUGUGACAGUUAUGGAUUAUGUGGCGCUUAUGGAGUUUGCGACGUUGGGAAUUCUGCUACAUGUGGAUGUCUAGACAAAUUUGAACCAAAGUAUCCGGAGAGAUGGGCUGAGGGGGAUUGGUCAAGUGGCUGCAAUCGCAAGAUACAGCUGGAUUGUCACAAGGGAGAUGUAUUUGUGAAGUAUUCUGGCUUUAAACUACCAGAUACACAUAACUCAUCAUAUGAUAGGAACAUAUCACUCGAGGAAUGCAGAACCGUAUGCUUGGAGAACUGCUUUUGUACAGCUUAUUCAAGUUUAGACAUAAGCAAUGGAGGAAGUGGAAGUGGGUGUUUGCUCUGGUUUGGAGAUUUAAUUGACCUGAGAGUCAUAAAUGAUGCUGGGCAAGAUAUUUACAUUAGGAUGGCUUCUUCCGAGUUCGGUAAGGACUUAACAUCAUGGAAGAUGCCAGUGUAUAAACUUCUUUUUGUGCAUUAUAAACUGACGGUCUGGCUGGUUAUUUCUCAUAAUUCACAUUGUUUCUUCAAGGCAGCGGGGAUAAGUUCUUCGCCAUCUCUGUCUUCUUCUUCUCUUAAACUGGAUAGGAGGCAAAAGCGGCUAUGUGAGGCAAAUAUUUGUCCGUUAGGUCAAGUUACAUUGAGAUCUUCUUUUCUUUAUGCAGUGUGUGUUCCCUGUUCUUUCUUUGCUUUGAAUUUGAAAGUGAUCAAUAGGUUGGGCAAUACAAAGAUUUGCAGAACUAAUUUUAUAUCCCCAGAAUGCUGUGUCUGCUCACCAAGUCUUAAAGUACUUGACCUUUUAUUUGGUAUUGAAUUUUCAGUCUCCUUGAAUGGAUCGAAUGGAAAGAAAAGAGUAUUUGUCAUAAGUUUGUCACUAUCUCUUGGUGUGGUUCUAUUGGCCUUCAGCUUCAUUUUGUUUCUUCAGAUAAGGAAAAAGAGAUAUCCAAAGCUGGGAAAACGAGAAAUUCCAGGACAUAUCCUUGACAGGGAUCACACAAACCAUGAGAAAGAUUUCGAGCUGCCUCUUUUUGAGUUGUCUACGAUAAUUAAAGCCACCAAUAACUUCUCAGACGGUAACGAGCUUGGGCAGGGUGGCUUUGGACUUGUUUACAAGGGUCUCCUAGAGGAGGGACAGGAAGUUGCUAUCAAGCGACUUUCAAAAACAUCUGCGCAAGGACCAGAUGAAUUCAAGACAGAAGUCAUAUGCAUCGCCAAACUUCAGCAUCGGAAUCUUGUGAGGCUUCUUGGCUGUUGCAUUGAAGAAGCUGAAAAGAUCCUGAUCUAUGAAUACAUGGCCAACAAAAGCCUGGAUUUGUUUAUAUUUGAUCGAGAAAACAGCAAGGUACUUGAUUGGCCUAAGCGCUUCAGCAUUAUCCAAGGCAUUGGUCGUGGAAUUCUCUACCUUCAUCAAGAUUCCCGGCUUCGAAUCAUACACAGGGAUAUCAAAGCAUCCAAUAUUUUGUUGGAUGCUGAUAUGAACCCCAAAAUAUCAGACUUUGGAACAGCUAGAAGUUUUGGAGGGAAUGAGACAGAGGCCAACACCUGCCGCAUAGUUGGAACAGAUGGCUACAUGUCUCCAGAAUAUGCAGGAGAUGGGCUCUUCUCAGUAAAAUCGGAUGUAUAUAGCUUUGGAGUCCUAGUACUAGAGACCAUCAGCGGUAAGAGAAACAGACCAUUUCUCCAUCAAGGCUGCCACCUCAACCUUCUUGGACAUGCAUGGAAGCUUUACAAAGAAGGAAGGGAACUGGAAUUAGUCAACUCGCACAUAGUCAACUCGUGUCAUCCAUUGGAAGUGCUUCGAUCAAUUCAUGUAGGGCUGCUAUGUGUUCAACAAUGUCCAGAUGAUAGGCCUGACAUGUCUACAGUGAUUUUCAUGUUAGGAAAUGAAGUAGUUCUGCCUGAAGCUAAACAGCCUGGGUUUUUCAUAGAAAGCAAUAUAGUAGUCAAUGCUGAAAUGAGCAUCACACUACUCGAAGCAAGAUGAGGAGUAAAUCGCAUCAGAUACUUCUCAUAAGGUUCUCUGAACUCAUAUUCAUAAUGCGACUAUUCAUGCUUGCAAUCAUUGGACAAAAUCUGCUUUACUUUGUUUUUGUGUGUACUUGUACAAGGUCUGUACAUUACCAAGUCUUCUAAAGGGAAGACAGUACAAGGCACCCUCAUCAUUUUUCUUGUUACCAAAGCAUACAUGAAGCAACAAAAUUUUUGCAGAAUGCUUCAACUAUUAGUGAUGGAUUGUACUCUUUUGUUUUGUCCUUCA